CUGAUCUCAAAUCAGCUAUUAGGUCGUUUAUCCAUAGCCUAACUUAGGCUAAAACGAAACGGGAAAACAUAUAUAGUAUGGCGGGCAGGAAGAGCCGACACCUGCACUCAUCUGCUUACUCCUCAUGGCCAUCACGGUGAAGACGUGGGGAACAUCCGACGCCUCGAAGUGCGUUUUCCUCGUCCACGGCAUGGCCGCUGCACCGAGCAGCUGGGAUACAGUAGCAACGAAGUUAGCUGAUCAAGGAUAUUACGUCGUAGCCCCAGCUCUCCCUGGACACGGCGGCUCGCCAUUUGCUCCCGGGUCCGAUUACUCGGUCGCAGGGCUUGCGAAUGCUUUACUCCCCUCCCUUAUAGCCGAAGCAGAGCAUGGCAGACCCAUCGUCAUCAUCGGCCACUCGCUCGGAGGAAAUGUUGUCCUUGCUCUCCUCCAAGCGCUCAAGAGCUCCACGACUGCUACGUCUAAGACGCUGCUCAGCACUAGCCUUCCCGUCGUCCUCGUCGAUCCUCCGCUCUUUGUGGAUCCGGCGCAAACGCCUGAGGACCAUCGGAUGAUAGCGGGAAUGGUGAGUCAGCGCAACAAAGGCAGUAAGGGCUCUGGAGAGCAGAGAUGCGAAGUGAAAGCGAUUGAUGCGAUCUUCGAGCAAAACUCUCCUUGGUCGUUCGCCCACCUACUCGCAGACCUACCCAAGAACGUCUCUCUGUUGUUACUUGCUGCGGAUCCGGCGCACGACGCGAAAUGCAAGUUGGGAGAUGUUGCACCAUACAUUCAAGGUGCCAACGGCAUCUACGAACACAUUUCGUGUCAAGUUGUCAAAGGGGUUGGGCAUUGUAUGCAUCUGGAGCGUCCUGACGACUUCAUACAUACUGUCUCUGAGUUUUUAUCGAAAGGUGGUUCUGUGUCAAAGUAG